CUGCUAGAGUUACUGCGAGAAAAUGAAACGUCAUCCAAAAAUCGUGACACUGACCUGCGGAAACAAAUUCCUGUCACCAGCGCGUCUGCCAGUACUAAUCUAGACUUAAGCGGAAGACCGCGGAAGUCGCGAUUCGAUCAGCCACCACCUGAAAUCGCUAGCGCUGGGUUUGUACCCAAACCCGUCCCUCCGUCAUCGAUCGGUUAUGUCGGUACGGUACCAGCAUUAGGUUCAUCUAUCAAAGACACUGAUUUGCGAUCUCAACCGCCACCUACGCUGGCGUUUUCUAUCAAGAAGGCUACACCAACUUCAACCUUGAACCCUUCGGCUCCUCUCAUAUUCGGUGAAGAUGUCGAUGAUGAAGAUGGGGAAGAUAAUCAGCGGAAGACAAGUGAACGAAAGGACCGUGAUGACCGAGUCAAACGAUGGGAUAAGCCAGCCGACGUAACAGUGCGAGACAAACAAGGUGGUGAUCUCGUCGUUCGUCCAUCGACAACGCAGUCUCAGCCAACGACAUAUUCUGUUCCCUUGACGCAAUCUGGGGUAGAGAUCACUUGA